GCUUCAUGCGCUCCUACAAUAACUGCUAUUCCUGCGCUCUCGCUUUAUCUGAGGAUCCUAGGGAAGCUGUUCAUGCUUAUCUUGAUCCCAAAAUUUCUCCGUACAUUUUGUAUUGCUAAGAACCAAAAUCCAUCGACCCAACCUGGUACACAUCGACGACAACAUGGGCAAUAGCCACGUAUGUGAUCGACCAUGGACCUACAACAAUCGUAACCGUGUUGGUUGACACCACGGUUCUUCGUUCCGACUGGACAGGCUUCCAGACUACUACAUCCUUGCCACCUUCAACAACAAAAGGUAUGACCUUGCGAGAGUCCAGUAAUGACAGCAUAUAUGCCACCAUGCCUAGCGGAUCACACUCACGUUCACACGAGCUCGACGGCGAUUUCGCUUGGCGAACUGGAGAUAAACCGGAGUUGCACGGGGGAAAUAUUCUUGAGGCCGCUGCUGCUACGAUACCGGCAAAAGAGCUGCCCACGCAAUCCAGCGAGCCGAAGGAACUUGAUUCGAAUGUUGAGCCGGUUGAGUUGCCUGCUGAGGUUCAUGAUGGUGGACGCACAACUAGAAAUUUGUCGGAGGAUGGGCAUGGAAGUGGAAAAGAAGCAAAGGCCCAACUCAAAUCCGCCCUACUCUCGUGCAAACUGACGGCAGUUGAGCUCAUCGUGGAACUUGUGGAGCUUAUCGCGUGCUUGCAUGAAGCCCACCCCUACAAAAACACCGAAACCUGGCGGUUUGUCACUUGUCAGACACUCCCAGAGUCAUCCUUCAAAGCAGACUUUUCGGCCCAUGAACAGAUCCAGGAUGAAGGCCAAUACGGCGGCCCAUCUUUGGUUGGACAUUCUAAGGCUUCCAUACCGAGCCAGGAGGUUGAGAUAAGGUUUGGUGCGGCCGUCUCGACUUUCAAGCCACACAAAGCCACGAAUGGGCGCACGAGUCGUGCAACAUGGGAGAAAGCUAUGAUGGGAAAAAGCCAUGUGAUAGAAAAACGCCAUGUGAUGGAAGAUUUGGCGGAACCUUCGGUGAGUCUUGAGCUCCGCUUGACCCCAGAUGGGGUCCUCGGGACGGGUCAACGGGAGAGGGUCUGGGGACUUGGGGGAGGAGCUGGAGACAUUGUCAUUCCCUUGCCCCGCAAGGCGCGAAGAGCUCGAUGCUGCCUUGCCAUCGCGCUUCAACAUCAUGGCGACAAUGAUUUGAGGUUUGCGGACAAGCCGGGAUGGAUUGGAGUCCCGUCAUGCCUGUGCUCUGCUCGAGUCAGUGGACCUGUCAACAAGGUAAGUGACAGCAACAUGCGCGGGGAGGGCUUGUCAUUGUGAGUGUGGCAAGCGGGGCCCCCAGACGUCAUUGUCAACAUUGCAAUGUUUACCGCGACCCGGUGUACGUUGUAGAGUCGAAGGAUUUG